AUGAGGAACAAAAUCAAGGCUCAAAUGCCGUCGGUAUUGCUCAUGCUGCAUCACGCAUCAUACUGCGUUUUGACACAUGCAAAUGCGCUCUGCUGGAUCGGACAGAUAACUAUUUUGUAUGGCACUGAGACUUAUAACUCAUAUGAGUAUGCCAUUUUGUUAUUGCAAAGCUUGAAGAAAUACCAUUUUGAUGCUCAAGUUUAUUCGUUGGACUCAUUCGAUUUGAAGAAACUAAUUUCUAUCAAGAUUCUAAUAAUCAUAUCAUCCACCACGGGAAAUGGGGACAUUCCAGCAAACAGUAAAAAGUUUUGGAAAUUCUUACUAAAGAGAAAUCUACCUUCAAAUUUCUUGGAUCAUAUUUUCUUCACCACUUUCGGAUUGGGUGAUUCUUCCUACCCCAAGUUUAAUUACUGUAUUAGAAAAUUCCAUAUAAGAUUGUUGCAACUAGGUGCAAAGGAAAUCUCAAUAAGAGGUGAAGGCGAUGAGCAAAAACCUGAAGGUAUUGAGGGCUUUUAUAAAGAAUGGGAAAAUCAAUUAAUCAAAAAUCUAAACACAAAAUAUCCUCUACCAACUAAUUUAAAACCAUUGGAUGAUGACUAUUUCAGCAACACUAUUUUUCCCCCUAUUUUCAAAUUUAAAAUCUUGUCAAAAGGUUUAAAAAGAGAUACUCAAAAUCAAGAUUUAAAUCAGAUUUCAAUCACAAGAUCAACUUUUUUUAAUCACAUCAAACUUGGAAAAGUUAUCUCAAACCAAAGAAUAACAUCUCUAAAUCACUUUCAAGACGUCCGGAACCUAAAAAUUCAAAAUUUGUCUGAUAAUCAAGACAGCGCUGUUCGGCCAAUUAAUCCAGGCGAUUCUAUAUCUUUGUACCCUUAUAACGAUCUAAAAGAUGUCAACUCACUAAUAGAGGAUCAAAACUGGUCAGAUAUAGCUGAUUAUAAAAUUUCCUUUGAAAGCGAUGACUAUCAAAAUUAUUUACUAAACUACCUUAACAUUGAUACUUUAAAUUUUGUUAAACCAUUAACUUUACGAUCUUUACUUAUCUAUCACUUUGAUUUAAAUUCAAUUCCAAGGAGAUCGUUUUUUGAAAACGUAUUUAAAUUUUCAACGAAUGAAAGACAAAGAGAAAAAUUAUAUGAGUUUUCUAAGUUUGAGCAUUUACAAGAUCUAUAUGACUACUCCAACAGACCUAGAAGAUCUUUAUUAGAAGUCAUCUUAGAAUUUGAUAGUUUAAAGAUUCCUGUUGAAUACAUAUUUGAUGUCUUCCCAAUUUUAAGACCAAGAUUAUACUCAGUUGCCUCAAUUGACAACAUCAAUAAAAAUUUCCAACUAUGUAUAGCAAUUAUAAAAUACCAGACUAUAAUCAAAAAAUUAAGAAAAGGUGUUUGCACCAAUUAUAUCAAAAACUUGAAAGAAAACGACAAUCUCAUCUUCAAAAUAAACAAACAACCUCUACAUUCAAAGGUGUCAAUCAACAGUUUAGAUAAACCAAUGAUCUUAAUAGGUCCUGGCACUGGCAUUGCUCCCAUAAGGUCCUUGAUUGAAUUUAAGGUCAAUCUAUAUGAUAAAUUAGUUGCAAAAAAUAUUGCAAAUGAAGCCCUAGAUGAAAAUCAAAUCGACAACCUCAAUCUCUCUGAAAAACUAUUCCUAUUCACUGGAAAUCGUUUUGAAUCAAAAGAUUUUCUUUAUGGUGAUUUAUUCAAGUAUUUAUCUGAAGAAAAUCGCUUGACUUUGUUUCCUACUUUUUCUAGAGAUAAUCAAAUCAUUAACAAAAAAAGAAUCAGAUAUGUUCAAGAUAGAAUAUAUAAUGAAAAAAAUCUAAUAUUUGAUCUUGUUUUCAAUAAAAAUGCUAUUAUUUAUCUAUGUGGAUCAAGUGGUCGAAUGCCCAUUCAAAUUCGAAUCACUUUAAAAACAAUUUUAAUCGAAUGUGGGGAUCUCUCUGACUCUCAAGCCGAUAGUUACCUAAAAAAAAUAGAAAAUUCUAACCGAUACAUCCAAGAAACAUGGUAA